UCCUACGCAGUGCUGCGGCUACUACUGCUACUUCUACCGCCACAAGAGGAAGAAACCAAACGAGAUCGGACACAGUUCGCUAGCUCCUACUGCGUCUCUAUAAACUCCUCCUCCUCCUCCUCCUCCUCUCGCCACCUUUGAGUCCAUUCAGGUCGCCGGAGAUUGAACUGAUCGCCAUGGGAUCCGCUCGUUUCAAGUCCAUAGAGCAAUGCAGCUCCCAGGGGCGGUCCGGCCAUUCAGUCGCCGCCGAUCUCGACGGCACCCUGCUCCUCUCGCGCAGCGCCUUCCCUUACUUCAUGCUGGUGGCGGUGGAGGCCGGCAGUCUCCUCCGCGGCCUCCUCCUCCUCCUCUCCGUCCCCUUCGUCUACCUCACCUACGUGUUCCUGUCCGAGUCCCUCGCCAUCAAGACCCUCGUGUUCAUCGCCUUCGCGCGCCUCAGGCUGCGCGACAUCGAGAUGGUGGCGCGCUCCGUCCUCCCGCGCUUCUACGCCGACGACGUCCACCCGGAGACGUGGCGCGUCUUCAGCGCCUGCGGCGGCCGGCGCUGCGUCGUCACCGCCAACCCCACCGUGAUGGUGGAGCCCUUCGUGCGGGGGUUCCUCGGGGCCGACGCCGUGCUGGGGACGGAGCUGGAGGUUACCAAGUCCGGCCGCGCCACCGGCUUCGUCAAGAGCCCCGGCGUACUCAUCGCCGACCUCAAAAGGAAGGCGGUCGAGAGAGAGUUCGGAGAGGCCUCGCCGGACGUCGGCAUUGGCGACCGCGAGACCGACUUCGAUUUCAUGUCCAUUUGCAAGGAAGCGUACAUGGUGCCGCACAGCAAACAGAAGCCGGUUCCGAAGAACCAACUACUGAACCGGGUGAUCCUCCACGACGGCCGGUUCGUCCACAAGCCGGAGCCGAUGGUGGCGCUGGUCACAUUCCUGUGGAUCCCCUUCGGCUUCCUCCUCUCCCUCCUGCGCGUCUACAUCAACCUUCCCCUGCCGGAGCGCAUCGUCUUCCACAACUACCGCCUCAUGGGCAUCAAACUGGUGGUGAAGGGCACACCGCCGCCGCCGCCCAAGAAGGGUCACCCGGGCGUGCUCUUCGUCUGCAACCACCGCACGAUGCUGGACCCGGUGGUCACCGCCGUCGCCCUGCGCCGAAAGAUCAGCUGCGUCACCUACAGCAUCAGCAAGUUCUCGGAGCUAACCGCGCCCAUCAAGACCGUGGCGCUGACGCGGGAGCGCGACAAGGACGCCGCCUACAUCCGGCGGGUGCUGGAGGAGGGGGACCUGGUGAUCUGCCCCGAGGGCACCACCUGCCGCGAGCCCUUCCUGCUGCGCUUCAGCGCCCUCUUCGCCGAGCUCACCGACCGCAUCGUCCCCGUGGCCAUCAACACCAAGCAGAGCAUGUUCCACGGCACCAGCGCCAGGGGGUGGAAGCUAUUCGAUCCUUACUUCUUCUUCAUGAACCCGAGGCCCGUGUACGAGAUCACGUUCCUGAACCAGCUGCCGAGGGAGUUCACCUGCGCCGGCGGCAAGUCGCCCAUCGAAGUCGCCAACUACAUACAGCGAGUGAUCGCCGUCACGCUCGGCUUCGAGUGCACCAUCUACACCAGGAAGGACAAGUACGGUCUGCUCGCCGGCACCGACGGCCGGGUCCUCUCGAAGAAGGAAAGCAAUGAGGAGGAGAAGCAAAAACAGGACAAGGCUUGAUUAUGGAAUCAGUCUUAGUAAUUAAGUAUGAAUUGGAUAAUACAAGUUGUUGCUUAAAACCUCCUACUGUAUUUGUUGGCUUGAUACUUUAUUCACCAUAUAGUUCUUCUGUCUCUUUGUAUCA